AUGUCUCUGGAACCGUACAGAGAAGUUAUUUUGGACAUGAUUUUAAAACAUCGCACACACAAGGACAUUGCUGAGCAUUUGUCUCAAAUUGGUGUUGGGCGAGGUUGUUCGGCGAGGACUGUUAGAAGAUUUUGUGCCAGUCAUGGUGUGAGACGGGAGGUUUCCGACACUCAGCUGGAGAUAGCUGUAUCGACAGCAGUACAAGAAACAGGACCAACCUACGGUCGUAAAUUGAUGACCGGUUAUUUGACAGCAAAGGGAAUUCGAGCGGCAGAAAGUAGGGUUGGACGAGCCCUCCGGACAAUACAUCGACCAUAUCAUGAAAUGCGAUGCAGUAAUCACACAAUUGAGAGAAUUUGGCCUGAAAUAAACAACAGGGUUAAUUACCCUUUGAAGGAGGCUCUUGUUCAGCUGGUCGACCAAGAACUGAUUGAUAUGGACUGCAACCUAACAAGAUACUGCGUGUCUAACUUUGUCUGUCAGCUGUGUCAUCUGGGCAUUAGCAGGGUAGUAGAGGCCUGGAACAACCACAGGAUUCCUGGAAAAGGAAUCCCAAACCAGAUUGCACAGGGUGGUUGUGCAAAAAAAAUCUCAGCAGCACUACUGCCUCAUGGAACUGAAGCAGCUGAUCUGUACAUGAACACACUGGGAACAUCUUUGACAAGGGUUUCAGCCUUUGGAACAGACCCUUUUACAAGUGAACAUGAGAAGGCUACAGUAGAACAACUGUUUUCAGAAAAGUGCCCAGACAUCACUUACUUGCUCAAUAAUACGGUCAACAAAAACUUUUUGCCUUUUAAAGAGGCUUUGAUGUGUUUAGUAAAUUUAACUCAAAGAUACUCUUAA